UUCAUUAUAUAAUAGGCCCCGGCGAUAUAGAAAGAUUCUUAUCCACGUCGGAUUCGCCGGUAAACUACAAUGAAGUUUUUCGCCGGCGACUUUUACGUUAUCGUUCUCAUCCUCUCCGUCGCCGUCUCCGCCGUCUCCGGCAGAAGAGAUCUUCCUGGUGACGUUAUUAAACUGCCGUCGGAAUCUUCUAGUUUUUUCAGACCGACCAGGACCGCUGAUUCCGGCGACGAUGGUUCGACUGUCGGAACGAGAUGGGCUGUUCUCGUCGCGGGAUCUAAUGGAUAUUGGAAUUACAGGCAUCAGGCCGAUGUUUGUCAUGCAUAUCAACUUCUAAAGAAAGGUGGAUUGAAAGAGGAGAACAUUGUGGUUUUCAUGUAUGAUGAUAUUGCAAACAAUGAAGAGAACCCAAGACCAGGAAUCAUUAUUAACAGUCCUCAUGGAGAAGAUGUCUACGAGGGUGUUCCCAAGGACUACACUGGAGAUGAAGUGAAUGUGGAUAAUUUGUUUGCUGUGAUCCUUGGGAAUAAAACUGCACUCAAAGGAGGUAGUGGGAAGGUUGUGGAUAGUGGUCCAAAUGACCAUAUCUUCAUAUACUACACGGACCAUGGUGGGCCAGGAGUGCUUGGGAUGCCAACUUCCCCUUACCUGUAUGCAAAAGACCUCAUCGAUACCCUUAAGAAAAAACAUGCUUCUGGGACCUAUAAAAGCAUGGUGUUUUAUCUCGAGGCCUGUGAAUCUGGAAGUAUCUUCCAAGGUCUUCUUCCAGAAGGUUUGAAUAUCUAUGCCACUACUGCAUCAAAUGCGGAGGAAAGCAGCUGGGGCACCUAUUGCCCUGGGGAGGAUCCUAGCCCUCCGCCGGAAUAUGAAACCUGUUUGGGUGACUUAUACAGUGUUGCCUGGAUGGAGGACAGUGGCUUACACAAUUUACGGACAGAGAGUUUGCACCAGCAAUAUGAACUGGUCAAAAGGAGGACAGCGAAUGUUGGCGCUGCUUAUGGUUCUCAUGUCAUGCAGUUUGGGGAUAUAGGACUUAGCAAGGAUCAUCUCUACCUUUACAUGGGAACAAACCCGGCAAACGAUAACUUUACCUUUGUGGAGGAGAAUUCACUGAAGCUACCUUCAAGAGUCACAAAUCAGCGGGACGCCGAUCUUGUUCACUUCUGGGAUAAGUACCGCAAGGCACCAGAAGGCUCUGUCAGAAAAGUUCAAGCUCAGAAGGAAGUCCUUGAAGCCAUGGCUCACAGACUGCACAUCGAUAACAGCGUAAAACUCAUAGGAAAACUCUUAUUCGGAAUGAUAAAAGGUCCCGAGGUGCUAGAUCAUGUCCGGCCUUCUGGUCAGCCGCUUGUCGAUGACUGGGACUGCCUUAAAACCAUGGUGAGAGCUUUUGAGAGGCACUGUGGAUCGUUGUCUCAAUACGGAAUGAAACACAUGAGGUCCAUAGCGAACAUAUGCAACGCCGGUGUACAGGUGACGCAGAUGGAGGACGCUGCCGCUCAGGCCUGCCCGACUCUUCCUGCUGGUCCUUGGAGCUCUCUUCGCCGUGGAUUCAGCGCUUGAAUUUGAAUCUUACUACGUACUGAUGCCAUCCAUCCAUGUAUGUAUAUGUUUAUUCAUUUCACCACAAAUCCCAAUGUGGGAUGACUGUCUAUUUCCCUCCCUUUGUUCUUCUUUCUAAAUAGCCUCUGGUUUAUUUGGAUAGCCUUUCGUUGCGUGUGUAUCGGGUUACCAAUGUACAAAGGUCUAUAGAAGUGAUGCCGACGUAAAUAUUAUGAUAUUUGUUGUGUUUA